AUGGAGGAUGGGAAGGUUCCGGCGGAUGUGCUGUCGCCAACCUCACCUGCCUUUGAGGUCGAACCUUCCCCAGGUGAGCUGGAGGUGCCAGACAUGAAACCCAUCCCUACGGUGUCUGUGCAAGCGACCUCACCGGCUGAUCUCCCGCUGCCAGAGGAGGCGACGGCAUCGCCGACGGUGACGAAGGAGGCGCCGGCUGAGAAAAGUCCGACAGAGCUGCCUGUGCCGGCGACCCUGAUGACAGCGCCCUCCAGGAAGCGGGCGGCCGAAGAUUCGGAGACCGAGACGCUUCCACCCCCGUCUGCUGUGCCAACACGACCUGCAAAGCGGCAGCAGGCUGCCUCGCCCAGCGAGCUGCCGGUUCCCACGGAGCGGCCCUCGCCCACAUCUUUGGCAGCAGCUCGCACCGUGACGGCAGCAACGCGUGAGGCGACGGCGACGCUGACCAGGGAAGAGGAAGAGGUGCCCACACGAGUCACGGCAAGGCGAGGCAGCCAGGUAGACGCUUCGGCAUCGAUGCAGAUGGUGAGCAGCAGUGCCGGCCAGCAGUCACCCACGGAGAUGCCUGUACCGACGGAAGUGCCUACUCCGACAUCUCCCUGGGGCGACGAAGAUGAAGCGGAAACCGUCGUGGCAGCGACUGCUCUGCCGCCGACGCAGACGCUGGCGGAGCCGGCACCGGAGGCUGCCCUCGACUCUGCCGUGCUCUCGGCUCAUAUGGAAUUGGAUGUGCCAGCUCCCCAGGAGUCGGCGGUCGUGGAAAGUGCAGCCAUGUCCGAGUCCGCACCCGAGCCGCGCUCUCCCACAGACAUGCCGGUGCCGACGGAUGUACCGUCUCCGACGUCGUUUGCCGGUGAGGAACGCACGGUCAUGGAAGAAGAGGCGGCGACCACAGCGCCUCCACCCACCGCGCCUCCGGUGGCCCUCGUGGAAGAAGCGCCCCCGGAUGCAGACUUCCCGCCGCCCAUGCCGGAGUCAGCGCCCAUGUCGUCGUCCAUGGCGGCGUCAUCGCCUUCGGAGAUGCCGGUGCCCACGGAGAUCCCCUUCCAGCCGAUACCGCCACCUCGCCAGGCCGGAUCUGCGCAGAUGGUGGGCAGCGCAUCGGCUCCGGUCGUUUCCUCCUCGGCAGCGCCGCAGUCGCCCAGCGAGCUACCGGUGCCCACGGACAAGCCGUCGCCGACGUCUCCGGUGGUAAAACCGAAAGCUGCUGCAGUAGCUCCCUUGUCUGCAGAGGCCUCGGCACCCUUGGUGUCGUCUUCGGCGGCUCCUGCAUCGCCUUCAGAGCUGCCAGUGCCCACGGACAGGCCAUCACCGACGUCACCUGCAGCCCGUCCUGCUGUGCUGCAGCCAGCAGCGGUUCCGGAGUCAGCUGCAGCCAAAAUGUCGGCAUCAGCCGCCAUGGACAGCUCGGCAGCGUUAUCCUCGGGUCAGCCGGAAUCACCGACCGAGAUGCCCGUGCCCACGGACGUGCCGUCUCCGACAACACCGUGCGAGGACGAAGGCGAGACAGUCACAGUGCCGACGGCCGUUCCCACGGCCUACACGCCGACCCGCACAGCCCCAGAGGCGACGGUUCCCACCGCAGAGACCCUGACGCGCACUUUCGUGGAGGUCGAGCCAACAGCCGACGCACCCACGCAGUCGCGGACGGUGCCCCGAACAACAGCGCGGACAUCAAGUCGAACGGCAACUCUCACAGCUCCCACAGUUCCACGUGUCACGCUGCGGCCACGAGUUGCCCGAGAGGCGCCCACUGCCGAGCCACCCAUGGAGGAGGUCCCGGCAGCGGUGCCGUCGCCGACGUCGCCGGCGGAGGGACCUCUUCGAGACGAACAGGACGAGGCCGCCGCAGUGCGUGCGCCCCCGGAGGUCGCUGGAGUGUUUCAGACGAGUCCGCCGAAGGCACAUGUGAUCGAGCCCAGCGAAAAGGCCCUCUUAGAAGCUGUCACUGGUAGCGGAGCCUCUCGCUCCAUGGCCAGUCCUGAUGAUGCGGACCCGUGGUCCACUUCAGACCCUUGGGGCGGUGGCAAUCAAGUUGAUGCUGCUGCCGAGCCUGAACGCGAAGCUGCGCGACCUACUCCUGCUACUGAUGAUCAGUCUUGGGAAGUCCAAGGAAAUGGGACCUCAGGUGACGGGGAUGCAUCUGGGCCUUGGACAAGGGAAGACUGGGAAGCCUGGCAGGCACGCUGGGACAGCAGAGGUUCUCAAGACGGAGGGAGCGACGGCGGCAACCACUCCGCCGACAGCAACGGGGCCUCGAACUGGUCUUGGGCUACUCAAACUUCUGGCAGCUGGGGCCGCUGGAACCGGACGUGGCGAUCCCAAGGCGACUGGGGCCGCUGGCAGUGGAUGCCAGCUGACAACGUCUCUACUUCGACUUCUGCGGGUACCAGCGGAACGGCGCCGAUUACAUGGAACAGUUCUUCAUGGACGAGGUGGGAUGGAGACGUGGGGCCUACAGCGGGUUCUACAAGUACCUCCGGGACUCCGCCCACUACGUGGACCGCGGCAGCUACUACGGCAAGUUCGUGGAAUGGAGGGCCUGCGGCGACAUGGGAUGCGUCUACGGGGACUGUGCACCAGCCCUUUGGAGGGACAAAGGGGCCUACGGAACGGCUCAUCGUCCCCACCUUCACCGGGGACACCGAGAAUGGCGGCGACCUUGGAACAUCGGCGCGGAGCUACCUGAGACAAGUGAAUGCUUGGGAGAAAAUGACCAAGUUGGCCCCAGACCAACGCGCGCUGGUGCUAUACCAGCACUUAUCUGGUUCUGCUUGGGUGAACUCAGAGUCUUUGAAUGUUGAGGAUCUCGCCCAUCCUGAAGGCGUGGCCCGUCUACGAGAAUGGAUUCGUCAACACUACCUGGACGUGGAGGUCACACAGGUGGGACGCUCCUUGAGUGAUUUGUUCAGGAAGCUCCGCAGGCGUCCUCAACAGAGCUUCCGGGACUAUGCCGCGGAGUUCAACCGCUUGCUGGCGAGAGUCAUAGAGUGCGGUUGCGCUCUGCCUGAUGUGGCCAACGCUUGGCUCUUCGUGGACAGGGCCAACCUCGACGAGGCCACGGAGGUCAGCUUGCUUGCGAGUGUAGGUAACAAGUACGCUCUCAAGGCCUUGCAGUCUGCGGCUAUCGUCUUGGACAGGUCGAUGCGAAAACCCUGGGAGAAGGCAGGCUUCCGUGGGAAGCCCCAGAGUGUCAACCAGACGGACGACCUGGAUGGCUGCGAGGCUUCGGAUGUUGAGCCCCCUCUUCACGAUGACCCCGAAUGCAACUCCGAAGAACUCUACCUCACUUACAUGACAGCAAAGGCCCGCUACAAAGAGUCUGCCAAGGCACGGGGAACUGACUACAGAGCCACUGAGGCCGACUCGGGUGGCAUCCGGAAGGCUGCCGAGGCCAAAAUCCAGUUGGCCAAAGCGAAGUCCCACUGCUCUGCUUGUGGGCAGCGGGGCCACUGGCACAGAGAUGCUAUCUGCCCCAAGUUCCCUGGCAAUGGCAACCAAGGCUCCGGCGCCAAGGCACAGACGAUCCACGUCACCAACGAGGUGUUUGAGCUCACCACGGGCACGCGCGAGGGCCUCAAGGCGAUCCUGGACUCCGCUUGCUCUAAGACUGUGGUUGGGACUGGGUGGCUUCAGAAGUACUUGGACUAUGUCAAGGGAAGCGGCUACGAUGUGGUUUUUGUUUAUGAGAAGGAGAGCUUCAAGUUUGGGGCCGCCAGCCGGAUCUACGAGUCCACCUACGCCGCGGUGAUCCUCGUACCUCUUCUUGACCACCUCAUCGCGAUCAAGGCCUCGGUGAUCCACGGGGACAUCCCCCUUCUUCUUUCGAGACCGGCUUUGGCACGACUCGGCCUCGUCUUGGACCUUGGAAGUAACGUUGCUACCUUCCGCUCACUCGACGGUGGCGAGGUCGAACUGGAGGAAACUACGAGUGGGCACCCUGCUGUUGUAGUUGAUCACUCCAAGCUGGCUAAGCCGGACACUUCAAGGCUCCCUGACAACUGGGAGCCACAUGGAAUCGCGAUCCUCGGCCCUCGCGAGGUGUACAUGGUUGCUUGCAGCGGGGAUGUUUUGGGCGAUGAUCAAAGGGAUCCUGGUGAUGUCGAUGCGGUGACGAAGAUCUUUUACGACAAGAAGAUAGAUGGUGCUGUUAGGGACAUGCUGACGGGUGACGUUCUUAACGAGGACCUCUUUGUGACAUGUGGGCUGUCAAAGAUCUUGGCGAGUAUCCAACUUUGUGGGUUGGCCGCAGUGUGUUCAAUCGAGCUCAAUCUGUUGCCCCUCCGCGUCCCGUCGAUCAUGCUCCCAGUAUGGAAGAUGACAAAGGCCCAGUUGAUCGACGAGUGCAAGCGCCGGCAGCUGGCGUUCAACGAGGCGUGGACGUGCCCAGAGCUUCGGACGAUCCUCAUCGCGGACCGGGAGUACGAGACCAAGAGGAAGGGAGUUGCGGUGCCGAAGGGCUUGUCGUCCAUGAACCUGGACGAGCUGAAGGCCGAGGCGCACAAGAUGGAGCUGACCGUGAAGUCCGGGGACACAAAGGGGAGUCUCAUGCUGCGCAUCAGGGACGCAGCGGCCCCGGCGGACACCGUCAUGACCAUUGGUCGGUUCCGAGGGACGACGUUUGCCCAGAUCCCGGACAACUACGGAGACUGGGCGUCGGAGGAAGAACGCCAGAAUGGAACCAACAUGCACAACGACUUGAAGCGGUUUGUGAUGUGGCGGCGACAUCACAGGUCCAAGGGACAGAACACCCCGGCUGCGGCGGCGAGCACCAUGGAGCCGACCUACCUCGACGCGGAGACCUACGCGACAGUGCCCCCGCCGCCGAUCAGCGAGACGGGUUCGUCGUCCUGGGCGAUGGUGGCGGACUACGAGAGUGCGUUCUCCGAGGGGUACAACCCGCAUGCGAGAGGCCGUCCGGCCUUGUGGAGGGAGGCCCAAACACCGGUGCCAGCUGCCAAGCCGAAGCACCGCUCAGCCAAGACGAAGACCAAGGACUCGGAGGGCCCCGAGCGCAUGGAGCAGGAGAUCGACCCGGCCACGAUGGACGAGAUCCAGGCACUCGAGGCGCGCCUGGCCACCCUACGCGACAGGUUUUUAGAUCGUGUUCUUCUGGUUCGGAAGACUCGAACCAUGGGAUCCUUGCUACGCGACACGGAGGUUCUCGAGGUCCUUGCGAACUACAAUCUCAAGCCCACAAACCACCGUCGUGCUGGAUUGCAUGGCGAAAGUGAGGAAGGGAAGCGGUGCAACCUCGGGUACUACGCCUACGGCACCUUCAAGGGAGUCGGCCGCCGCACGACCGAAUGGCCCAAGUUGACCACCUACUUGAACGAGUUCCUCGCUGAUUGUGUUGGGGAAAGCGGUCAUGGUCAAGGCCGGGCCACGUGGGCGGCCCUUGCACUACUGGGCGACAUACCUACUGGGAUCCACACGGACCGGAACAACCUCAAGGGCAGCUUCAACUACCUGGUCAGUUUUGGCAGCGGCAAUGGAGGAGGGGUCUGGAUCCAGGAAAAGGGCGGCGGAACUUGGCGCCGCAGUGGAAAUGGCCAAGAGAUCGAGGGGCGCAUUGUUGAUGCCCACGAACAAGGAUGGGAGUUCGAUCCACGGCUCGCCCACGCCACCGAGCCCUUCAACGGCGAGCGUUGGUUUCUUGCGGGAUACACCCCACGCUCUUUUCCGGAAGCCUCCAAGAGCGAGAGGAAAAUCCUGAACGACCUCAAGUUCCCGGUACCCACCAAGGCCGAGAUCCGGGAGAUCAAGAAGCGCGACGACUAUGCGAUCGACAUCCCGGAGAAGGAGACCGCCCAUGAAGGAGGUUCAGGCUCGCGACCAAAACGGAGCGUUCGGAAGGGCAUCCGCCGAACGGCCAUGAUGCUGUCUGUCUUGUUCACCACGGCCAUUUCGACCAUGUGCGGUGUUGUACGUGAUGCACUACCAGCUCAUGUCAGUCCUGCAACCGCCAUUCUUGAGGUUGGUGGACUCUCUGCUACCUGCCGGCUUGCUGAGUACGAUAUCUGCGGCGACCACCUCGUGGAACCCCUGCUCCCUGAGGACGUGCUUUCCAACGACCACCCGGAGGACCUGGGCAUUGGCUACAUCGAGGCGGCGGUCGUCCGCCACCGGCCCGGGCAGCUCUGGAUUCAUAUGCUACCCGAAUGGGGCUGCGACGCGGUGUUCCGUGAUUUGGUCGAGGCGAUCAGCUACCAACUGGGGAGGGGACAAGCCGUGGUACUGGAGAGGGAGGUCGAAGAACCUCUCCUUUGGGAGAGCUUAGCCAAUGGUUGGGAGGAUGCGGGCUACGACGUGACCUACGAUUUCACCGAGGACGGCCAUCAGUACAUCCGGGUUGUCCAGGCCCAGUCAGAGGGGGAGAUCCACUCUGUGUACGUCGGCGACAACGAGAGCGAGGAAGAGUUGCUCCCUGCACCAAGCGAAGAACGCAGAGCUGAAGAUGAGGGCCCCCUACCACGAGGUGCCCGGGCAAUCAGUUUUCCGCCCACCGUCUCCGAGACGAUAGCGACCAGUCUGCGCCGUCUACACCAGAACCUUGGACACCCUAGCACCGCCGAUUUUGUUCGUCAUCUACGCCUGGCCGGGGCAUCCCGUGAAGUUCUGAAAGGGGCUAAGGCCCUAGAGUGCCAAGUCUGUCAAAGGAGCAAGCAGCCGGCUAUCCCUAAACCGGCUAAGAUCGCCCCUUGCUACCGGUUCAACGAGAUGGUCGGCACGGAUUUGUUCUAUGUCCACGACAGCGAAGGCCGGCGACACCAGCUCCUCUCUAUCGUCGAUUUCUCGUCUGCCUACCACAUCGUUGUGCCAGUGCAGAGGAAGGACACCGUUACACUCGAGAAGGCGUUCUGUGAGAGUUGGGUUCAGAUCUUUGGGGCUCCGACCACGGUUGCGGUCGAUUUGGAGAACGGGUUGGAGAAGUCUCUGGCCCGUAUUGGCGACUGGACGGGGACCCGCAUUCGCAGUGCGGCCGGACAGGCCCACCACCAGGCUGGCUACACGGAACGCCAAGGAGCUAUCUGGAAGUCCCUUUUCAGCCGGAUCUGCGAGGAACAAUCUGUAUGCCAAAGUGAUUUCCACCUCGCUGUGAGCGCAGUUUCUUCUGCAAAGAACCAGCUGACACGGACGAGCGGUUUUAGUCCUUGCCAGCAUGUGUUUGGAUCGAUGCCAGGGCUCCCAGAAGAUCUUCUUGAGGGUCCCCACGCUGACCACCCGGAACAGGAGGCGAUCAUCGACGACAAGCACGCCCGUGAGGUCGCACUUCGAACGGCCGCUCGGGCCGCCUACUUCCAUGUCCAGACCGAUGAGAGGGUUCGCCGCGCCCUUGCAGGGCGCGCCCGCGUUGAAAGCCGAACGCCAGAAACCGGGGAAAGGGUCUUCUACUUUCGCAAGACGAAGAACAACAAGAAGGGCUACUGGGUCGGACCUGGAACUGUCAUCGGGCGAGAAGGCACGAACCUAUGGAUCACCCGAGCCGGGAGAUGUGUUCUAUGUGCCCCAGAGCAUGUUCGGCUUGCAACCGGCGAGGAACUUGGUCAGGCCUUCAGCAUGAAGGUCGCGCAAGAAGACUUGGACAAGUUGUUGAAUGCCGACUCCGAUGAGCCGGGCGCCUACGACGAGGAUCACGAGGACCAAGGAGACGAAGAGAUGCUCAACGCUGGGGCUGCUGGCGUUGGCGAGAUUGUGUAUGACAUGGAGCUGGACGGAGAAGAAGAACGACGUGGGCUACGACGUGACCUUGUUCGUGUGCCUCCUCGUGUCCUGAAGCGACAGCGACGCAAGGGGCGCGGUGAGGAGGCGGCCGUUGAUGGUGGACCCCGCGAAGGGCCCAGUGAUGUGAACAUGAUCAAGCGAGCCCGCACCCAGCGGUCCCGGGAAAAGCAGCUAGAGAAGGAGAUCCCUUGGUCCCUCAUCCCGGAGUUUAUGAGGCCGAAGUUCCGGGAGAAGGAGAUGGUCCAGUGGCGAGAACAUGUGGACACUGGGGCCUUGGAAGUCCUGAGUGUCGAGGAGAGCGAACGAGUCCGCCGCGAAGAACCGGCGAGCCGUAUCCUCGGCUCACGUUUCGCCUACAGGGACAAGCACCUUGGGCGCAGGCGCGCCGACCCUACUGUGGAGUGGAAGCCUAAAUCAAGACUGGUCGUGGCUGGACAUCUUGAUCCCGAUGUGGGCGUGGCCAACAUCGAGGUCGACUCUCCCACGGUGUCAAGGGCAUCCUUGAUAUCUUUGCUUCAGAUAUGCGCUUCCAAGCGCUGGAAGGCUGCUGCAGGAGAUGUUCAAGCUGCUUUCUUGCAAGGGGUUGAACUUGGGCGCCAGUUGUGGAUGGCACAGCCAAAGUCCGGGAUUUCUGGACUGGACCCAAGACAGCUCGCUCGGAUCAGGAAGGGAGUCUUCGGCCUAUCCGAGAGCCCGAGGAUGUGGUACGACAGGCUUUCUGGCGUUCUACUUAGCGAGAUCUUCGACAUCGGAGGAGUCCGACACCGCCUCGUGCCGAGCCCUUUGGAUCCUUGCGUGAUGAUGCUCAUCAAGGAUGGCGAAGCUUCUGAGCCAGCAGGAUACCUCGCCCUCCACGUCGACGACAUUUUGGUGGUCGCCCCUACCGAGGUCAACCGCAUGCUCCAAGAGAGGAUCGGGCGCCUUUUCCCGAUCGACGGCUGGCUCGAGGACAGUUUCGAGUAUGUGGGGUCCUUCAUCCAGGUGAACGACGAUGGCGUGAGUAUCACCCAGGAGAGCUUUGUGGAUGGCCGUUUGUUCACUGUUGAGGUUCCCCGUUCGCAGAAGGGGACAGAACCAGCUACUGAAGAACAGGCCAUCGACAACCGAUCCUUGAUCGGUGCUUUGAGUUGGCUAAGCAGCCAGAGCCGCCCAGACCUGACGUGUGGGGUGGCAUUGUCACAGCAGCUCCAACGGGCCCCUCUUACCGAGGAUGUUCGAUUCGUGAACCAGCUCUCGGCCCGGGCCAAGGAGUUCCGCGAGAACGGGAUCUACCUGCGGCCUACCAAACUCGAGGACGCGGUGUUCCUCGUGUACCACGAUGCGGCCUGGGCCAACGCCGAGCUCGAGGAGGCCGAGGACGGGUUCAAGCUCACGGCCGAGGAGAUCGAGCAGGGCACCAUACGCGGUUUCUACAGCGAGUCUAGGCCAAGGAAGGCUAAGAAGGGAUCUUCCAAGGUCGCUUCACAGUUGGGCCACUUGAUCUUACUGGCCGACCGGGCUAUCCUCGAUGGGUCUUGUUGCCGGACGAGUUUGCUCGAGUGGAGGAGCCAGUCAUGCAAGCGAGUGUGCCGUUCCACUUUUGGUGCGGAGACAAUGGCCGCGGUGGAGGGACUUGAAGGAGGACAGUACAUGAGGGCUCUUCUGGCCUCUCUACUUCAUGGACGGAUCGUCAAGCACCAUGAGAUCCGUAAGCGGUGGCCAAUUCUCUGCUUGUCCGACUGCAAGUCUCUUCACGACCACCUUCACAAGGCUGGAACACCAAGGCUCCCAGCAGACCGUCGUCUCGCAAUCGACUUAGCGGCCCUACGUCAAGAGUUGCGGGCUGAACAGUGGACUGACCGCUUGCCGCUCCAAUGGAGGGCAUCACGCUACCUCUUAAAAGAGGUCGCUGGAGUGUUUCAGACGAGUCCGCCGAAGGCACAUGUGAUCGAGCCCAGCGAAAAGGUGAGCUCCCCGCCUGUGGAAGACGAUGCGGAAGUCGAGGUGCCAGAGAGGCCAGUGCCAAGUCUCCAAGAGACAUCUCCGGCAGAUCUCCCCGUCCCGGAAGAUGAGGUGGCCUCUGCGCCGCCGAUGGAAUCGGCACCGCCCGAGCCUCCAACUCCGAGCGAGCUGCCCGUGCCGGAGGACAGGGAGGAGGAGACGAGGGAGCCUCAAGCAGAGGAGGCGGAGAUGGAGGGCCUCGUACCUCCGGUGCGCGUGGCACGCUUCGCGAAGCCUCGGCCGCAGGCACCAGCGGUUCCAUCGCCGAGCGAGCUGCCGGUGCCGACGGAGAAGCCCUCACCCACAUCGCUGGCGGCCGUCCCCACGGUUCCCACGGCUACCGCGCGCGAAGCCACCGUGACCGCGACGGUGACGAGGGAGGAGGAGGAGGUCCCCACGAGGGUUCUACCGGCAAGCGCGCGCUUGGAGGCUUCGGCCUCGCAGCCGAUGGCCAGCAGCAGCGCUGCGCAACAAUCUCCGACGGAGAUGCCGGUGCCUACGGAGGUGCCAUCUCCUACGUCGCCAUGGGAAGCAGAGGAUGAGGCCGAAACGCUGGUGACAGACUCGGCCCUGCCGCCAACGCAAACGAUCGUUCCACCGGUUCCUGUGUUGGCACCAGACUCAGCGGCAUACUCGAGCAUGCUGGAGCCGGAUGUGCCCCGAAGCAGCGCCGCCUCGGCGCCUCCCGGGGUGUCGGUCUCGGGACCCGGAAUGUCAUCCUCCGCCGUAACACGAUCCCCGAGCGAGCUGCCGGUCCCCACGGACAAGCCCUCGCCGACCUCACUGGCCGUGCAGCCGGAGCCUCGAGUCGGCUCGGCCGUCGCCCCUCAGUCGGCAGAUGUUGGCAGUUCGCAGGUUAUGGACAGCUCUGCGAUGAUGUCCUCAGGUCAGCCUCCAGAGUCACCGACGGAGAUGCCUGUGCCCACGGACGUGCCGUCGCCAACGAGCCCGCGGGAGCCUUCGGCCAGCUCGAAGGGCGAAACUAUCACGGCUCCUACUGCUAUCCCCACGGUGGAGACCCCAACACGGACAGUUGCAGAGGGCACCAUUCCGACGGCGGAGACCCCAACUCGCACCGUGGUGGAGGCCGUUGCACCCACAGCUUCGCCUACGCGCACGGCACCGGAGGUUCCUCCAACCGCCGAGACACCGACCAGGACCCUUGUCGAGGCGGCGCCCACGGUCGAGACACCUACGCAGACUCGGACGGUCGCCACCGCGCGCAGCACCCGGACCAGACCGCAACGGGGCAGAGAGGUUGCCUUGCCAAUUCGGAGACGUCAGCCGGAGGCGCCCACCGUCGAAUUGCCGCUGGAGGAAGUCCCCGUUUCAGCGGUUCCGUCUCCCACAUCGCCGGCAGAGGCGGAAGACGAGGAGGAGGCUGUGCCGAUGCACGUCCCUGCAGCUGCCUCCCGCCCCCGAGCCCCCGAAGCUGCAGCUGCCGAGGAGCCUCCUGUGCCCUUGCAAGAGUUGCAACAGCCUCGUUCACCGACGGCGCCGGAGAUGGAGGUACCUACGGACGUUCCGUCUCCGACUUCUCCGGCAGACGACGACCGAGAGGUCCCCACGAUGCCCACAGCGGAGCCAACGCUGCUCCCUUACGAGGAGUCGGUGGUGGCUCCAACAUCCCCGGCUUCGCCGUUGGCCGAGGAUCAAGCCCUCGAGGGCCCUCCGGGUCAGGAGGCCGGCGCAAGCUGCGGACGCCGUGGCUGGCACAAGUACACCCACGCGACGGAGGUGGAGCGCACCUCCGAGGCAAUCGAGCGGACUCCGACGGAAGAUGCUCUGCUGGCUGCCGUCCGAUACUCGGGACCUAUAAAGAGGGACCUGGACUUAGAACAGGAGGUGGUUUUCCAAUUAGACAACAGUCGAGACGGUGUCACGAUCAAGCCCCCGGAUGAUUUUAAAAUGCGCUUGGAGCGCUUGGAAACCUUGCAGCGUGCCGCAAUCACAGAGGCGAGUUCUCAGAAGGAGGAGAGUUUGGCGCUGGCCUCUGCCGUGUCCGAGCUCCGUGUCGACCUCGCCGAAUUGCGUCGGGAGAUGGCAAGUGAGAGACUUGCAGAGAGCUCUGGGAAUGCAGGGCUGCUGAGUGGCUAUGGGGCUGUUCAGGCAGCAGUGACGUCUACUUCGGGGAGCUUCUCUGGAAGGGCUGUUGAAGGUUCAGUUCAGGAGGGUCAGACCGAAGUUCCGGAUGUCGUUGUGGAAGGGCCUGUAGUGGGCCAGACGGAUAUGCCUCAGGCCACCAGUGGCAUGAGUACAGAGGCCCCUCCGAGCGGUGCUGCUGCGGAUUCGGGAAGUUCCUCUGGCAGGGAUGUUUUUUAUUCAGCUGGAAGGACGACGCCGCAAGACACUGCUCAGGUUGCUCAGAUGAUUCAGGUCCAAGGACAGCCACAGCUGUUUGGACCGGAAGCCAACUUCCGGCUGGCGCAACUGGAAAGGGAAGAGAUGCCCAGGUCCUUCUUCAGGGCACGGGUCACCCUGUGA